AUCUCACCGGGAGAAGGCGAAGGGCAUCCGGGAUAACGGCCGAGAGGGGAGCCACUGAAACGCAUUUCUAGAGUGGACUAACGGACAGUGGACGCUUCAUUCAUCUAUAUCUUGGGCCUAAACCCCGGUGGAGUGACUCCCCCCCCCCCCCCCCCCCCCGUGGUUCUGAGGUUGAGGACGUCGGCCCAUCGGCCCCCGACGCCGCCAGCACGUGACGCUUCUAAGGACUUUCAAUGCAUCGUUUAAGGACUUGUGCGGCGCGGCUGCGUCCGUUCACCGCCUCGCAGGCAGCUCAGACUUUCGGCCCUCAGCGGCCAAUGACAGCCGCCUCCACGGGCGGCGCCAGGACGUUUCAGCCAAUCAGGUGCUACACGGCGCCCGUGGCCUCGGAGCCGUUUCUCAACGGGACGAGCUCCAACUACGUAGAGGAGAUGUACUUCGCCUGGCUGGAGGACCCGAAGAGCGUCCACAAGUCGUGGGACGUGUUCUUCAGGAACGCCAACGCCGGUGCUCCUCCAGGAGCAGCCUACCAGUCUCCUCUGGGCCUCUCUGCUGCUCCUCUCUCCUCUCUGGUGGGAGCUCAGCCCAACGUGGAGAAGCUGGUAGAGGAUCACCUGGCGGUGCAGUCGCUCAUCAGGGCCUACCAGAUCCGGGGGCACCACGUGGCUCAGUUGGACCCCCUCGGCAUCAUGGAUGCCGAUCUGGACUCGUGUGUCCCCACUGACAUAAUCACGUCCUCUGACAAGCUGGGCUUCUACGGCCUGGAUGAGUCCGACCUGGACAAGGAGUUCCGACUGCCCACCACCACCUUCAUCGGGGGCUCGGAGAGCGCUCUGCCGCUAAAGGAGAUCAUCCGCCGGCUGGAAAUGGCGUACUGCCAGCACAUCGGGGUGGAGUUCAUGUUCAUCAACGACCUGGAUCAGUGCCAGUGGAUCAGGGAGAAGUUUGAGACUCCAGGAAUCAUGCAGUUCACUCUGGAGGAGAAGAGGACGCUGCUGGCCCGCAUGGUCCGCUCCACCAGGUUUGAGGAGUUCCUCCAGAAGAAGUGGUCUGCAGAGAAGCGCUUCGGUCUGGAGGGAUGUGAGUCUCUGAUCCCGGCUCUGAAAACCAUCAUCGAUAAAUCCUCUGAGAACGGAGUGGAGAACGUCAUCAUGGGCAUGCCCCACCGAGGCCGUCUGAAUGUUCUGGCCAACGUGAUCCGUAAAGAGCUGGAGCAGAUCUUCUGUCAGUUUGACUCCAAGCUGGAGGCCGCGGACGAGGGCUCUGGAGACGUGAAGUACCAUCUGGGGAUGUACCAUCGGCGCAUCAACCGCGUGACGGACCGGAACAUCACGCUGUCCCUGAUGGCCAACCCGUCCCAUCUGGAGGCCGUGGACCCCGUGGUGCAGGGCAAGACCAAGGCGGAGCAGUUCUACUGCGGGGACAACGAGGGCAAGCGGGUGAUGUCCAUCCUGAUCCACGGGGACGCGGCGUUCGCGGGCCAGGGGAUCGUGUACGAGACGUUCCACCUGUCCGACCUGCCGUCCUACACCACGCAUGGCACCGUGCACGUGGUGGCCAACAACCAGAUCGGCUUCACCACGGACCCCCGCGUGGCGCGCUCCUCGCCGUACCCCACCGACGUGGCCCGCGUGGUCAACGCGCCCAUCUUUCAUGUGAACGCCGACGACCCCGAGGCCGUGAUCUACGUGUGCAAGGUGGCAGCCGAGUGGAGGGCCACGUUCCACAAGGACGUGGUGGUGGACCUGGUGUGCUACAGGCGCAUGGGGCACAACGAGAUGGACGAGCCCAUGUUCACGCAGCCUCUGAUGUACAAGCAGAUCAAGAAGCAGAAACCGGUUCUGCACAAAUAUGCAGAGAAGCUGAUCGCAGAGGGUGCCGUGAGCCGGCAGGAGUACGAGGAGGAAAUUGCCAAAUACGAUAAGAUCUGUGAGGAGGCCUACAACCGGUCUAAAGACGAGAAGAUCCUCCACAUCAAGCACUGGCUGGACUCCCCCUGGCCUGGUUUCUUCACUCUGGACGGACAACCGAAGUCCAUGAGCUGCCCCUCCACCGGUCUGACGGAGGAAAACCUGAACCACAUCGGAGGCGUGGCCUCGUCCGUCCCCGUGGAGGACUUCACCAUCCACGGAGGUCUGAGUCGGGUCCUGAAGAGCCGAGGGGAGAUGGUCCGUCAGCGCACCGUGGACUGGGCCCUGGGGGAGUACAUGGCCUUCGGGUCCCUGCUGCAGGAGGGAGUCCACAUCCGACUGUCGGGGCAGGACGUAGAGCGAGGCACCUUCAGCCACCGUCACCACGUCCUCCACGACCAGAACGUGGACAAGAGGAUCUGCAUCCCCAUGAACCACGUGUCCCCGGACCAGGCCCCCUACACCGUGUGCAACAGCUCCCUGUCCGAGUACGGGGUCCUGGGCUUCGAGCUGGGUUUCGCCAUGGCCAGCCCCAACGCCCUCAUCCUGUGGGAGGCUCAGUUCGGGGACUUCCACAACACGGCCCAGUGCAUCAUCGACCAGUUCAUCUGCCCCGGGCAGGCCAAGUGGGUACGGCAGAACGGCAUCGUGCUGCUGCUGCCACACGGCAUGGAGGGGAUGGGUCCAGAACAUUCUUCAGCUCGUCCUGAGAGGUUCCUCCAGAUGUGCAACGACGACCCCGACGUCAUGCCGAGCCUCACGGAGGACUUCGAUGUGCAGCAGCUCUACGACUGUAACUGGAUCGUUGUGAACUGCUCGAACCCUGGAAACUACUUCCAUGUCCUGAGGAGACAGAUCCUGCUGCCCUACAGGAAGCCUCUGAUUGUCUUCACCCCCAAAUCUCUGCUGCGCCACCCAGAGGCCAGAUCCAGCUUUGAUGUGAUGCUGCCUGGAACCCACUUCCUGAGGCUGAUCCCAGAAGAGGGCGUGGCCUCUGAGCGCCCUGAAGAGGUGAAGCGUCUGAUAUUCUGCACAGGGAAGGUUUACUACGAGCUGACCAAGGAGAGGAGGAGCCGAGGCAUGGAGGCCACGGUGGCCAUCGCCCGCAUCGAGCAGCUGUCCCCGUUCCCCUUCGACAAGGUGAAGGCGGAGUCCGAGCGCUUCUCUAACGCCGACCUAGUCUGGUGCCAGGAGGAGCACAAGAACCAGGGUUACUACGACUACGUGAAGCCCCGCAUCAGGACCACCAUCCAGAGGGCCAAGCCUGUCUGGUACGCGGGCCGAGGGCCGGCUGCCGCCCCGGCGACGGGCAACAAGAAGGCUCACCUGAUGGAGCUGCAGCGUUUCCUUGACAACGCCUUCGGCCUGGACGCCUUCAAGGACCAGCAGUGACCUUUGACCCAUUGAACCUCCCCUACAGACUGCAUCUACACAUACAGGAAUAUUGCACAGUACAUACUGCUUAUCCCAACUACUAGAAGUACUACAGGAGUACUAACUAGUAGUAAUUGUGUAGUACUAACUAGUAGUACUACUAGUUAGUACUACACGAUUACUACUUGUAGUACUGUUAUUUCAUCAGAACAUAUUACAGAUACAAGUAUCAAUAAAUCUGUUUUUACCUUUAUUGAUGAAAUAAAACAAAAUAUUGAGUACUUCAUGGUAUCAGUAUGUAGUACUACUUCCAGUACAUCACAGUACAUACACAGUGUGUACUUUAUGGUACAGGUAUGUAGUACUACUUCCAGUACAUCAGUGUGUACUUCAUGGUAUCAGUAUGUAGUUCUACUUCCAGUACAUCACAGUGCAUACACAGUGUGUACUGACUACUUAAUAUAUGCAUACUAAUGUAUUAGAAGUGUAUACUAUUAGUCUGGAGUACUACUGUGUACUACUGUGUUCAGUAGUACAUCAUCAAAUUGAUACAUACAUACUAGAACACUAUGAUACUUGGAGUAAAAUACACAGAAUGCAUUCAUAUUACUCUCAGAUACACAGAUUACUUUUCUUUUAUAUUCAGAAGCUUUUAAAAAAAAGUUGUUCCUAUAUUUGAGCAACGGGUUGCCAGGUUGCUGAGAUUGGCAACGUGACACUCACUUGCACGCACACACACUCCAGCUGUCUUGUGUACUAGCAGGUGUUGCAUCAUGUUCAUCUUCAUCGUCAUCUUCACCUGAAACGUUCCAGGAAACAUUUUAGUUUUUGAUAUAUCGGCUCGUUAGCAUUGUUAGCUUCCUUUAGAGCUCCCAUUGUAAACCAAUGGGCGCCCGGCUAACAGAAGGCAGAUGGCGGAGCCUCGCAGCAGGUGGAGGAGGAAGAGGCGGUUGUUGUUGUGUGUUGGCUCGGUAAUGGAAAGAUCUUGAAGUCGUUGGUCACCACGGCAACGCUCAACUCCACAUUUAAAUUUAAUUUUUUCUUUAUGUUUUGGGGAUUCAAAAUGAUUCUGAUUUAACCGCUCAGCUUAUCCUCUCCCUCCUCAUGUGCUCCCUCCUCUCCUCAACUCAUCCUCUUCUCCUACUCUUCUUUCCAACUCCUCUCCACCUCCUCUUCCUCUCAUCUUCUCUCUUGUGAGCGUUCAUCUCGUGCCAAAGCGGAGCGUCUCAUGUUGUGUUUUGAAUGAACUCCUGUCAACAGGAAGUGACUCCUGUCAACACAAAUGGCAGAAGAAGAACUGCAGCUUGUUUCUUCAGAAAAUGAUUAAUUUAUUUUCAUAAUGGGAUUAAACUUCUCUUCAUUGUUUUGCUUCAUUCAAUAAAGAAAUCUACUGAA